AUGGCGACGCGAGCGGGAGGCCGCGGCCGCGGAGACAUCGGAAUCCUCCCGCUCGUCGCGCUGACGUUGUUGUCGCUCUUCCCGUCCGCCGUGGACGCGACGCCGCGGCUCACGGCGCUGAGCGUCAGCUCCGUCUCCGCGCCGCUCACGCCGAGCGCGUUCGACCCGGACGUGUUAUCGUACGCCGCGUCGGUGGAGAACACGGUGUUUCAGGUGGCGCUGGAUUACGCGCUGGAGACGCCCUCCGAUACGACCGUCUCCGUCGGCGUCGUCGCCGUCGGCGCGAGCGGCCGACGCCGACUGAUGUCGCGGCGGAAACUCCUGGACACGACCGCGAUGCAGCCCGUGAGCGUCGGACGAAACGACAUCACGCUGACGCUGACGCGGUCGUCCGACGGCACGACGCGGUCGUACGUCCUGUCCGUCACGCGCCUGUCGUUGUCCACGCACGCGACGCUGACGUCGUUGACGUUUUCGCACGGAACGCUGACGCCCGGGCCGUCGUACAGCGUCCUGACGACGUCGUACGACGUCAACACGGCGUUCGCGGAGAGCUCGGUGACGUUGACGCCGACGUCGCACGACUCCGGGGCGACGAUCCAGGUGAACGGCGUCGCGUCGGCGAGCGGCGUCGGCGUCGUCGCGAGUUUACCAAUCUACAGCGACGCGGGGGCGAACGUCGUCGCGAUACUCGUCACCGCCCCGGACGGGGUGACGACGACGACGUACACGAUCAGCGUCCCGCCGCCGCCGCCGCCGAUCGGGCCGCCGUACGCGUGGGCGAUAUCCGACUGGAGCGCGUGCUCGAAAACGUGCGGCAACGGGACGCGAACGCGGACGGUGGAAUGUAAAGGGGGCGACGGCGCCGGCCCCGCGGAGCCGGAAGAGUGCGGCGGCGGCGCCGCCGGAACCACCCCGGCGAGCUCGGAGCCGUGCAACUGGAACGAGUGCCCGAAGUAUCAGUACGACGUCGGGGAGUGGAGCACGUGUAACGUCACCUGCGGCGGCGGCGGCGCGCGGCGCCGCGCGGUUCGAUGCCGGACGACGUCCAACGCGACGGGGACGGACGACGACCUCGCGAACGGCGACGGCGUGAUCGUCCCGGACGGGAUAUGUGCGGCGUACGCCCCGACCGCGGUGCGGCCCGCGAGCACGGAGAGCUGCGGGGACGCGUACUGCACGUAUCUGCACUGGGAUUACGGUCCGUGGGGGCCGUGCUCCAAGACGUGCGGCGGCGGGACGCGAUCGCGAGACGUGUGGUGCGCGCAGCGAAACGAUCUGUACAAUCCGUCCACGGGCGCGUCCAGAAACGCUUCCGACGGCGGCUCGAAGCUCGUCGUCGCGAACAGCAAGUGUGAGUACUACGUCGACUUCCUCGGCCCCACGCCGGCGUCGACGUCGUCGUGUUUCGAUCAGCCGUGCGUGACGGACGCGCGGUGGGACGUCGCGGAUUGGAACGGCGGCGGCGCGUGCUCCGAGUCGUGCGGCGGCGGGACCAUCACGCGUUCGGUGACGUGCGUCGCCGGGCCCGUCGGCGCCGCGACUGUCGUCGCGGACGCGAACUGCCCGUCGCCGAAACCGACCGCCGCGGUGCCGUGCAACACGCACAAGUGCGACUUUUGCGCGAACGAGAUGUGUCACUUCGCCGGCGUUUGCGCCGACGGCGCGUGCGUCUGCGACGCGACCGCCAUCGGCCCGUACUGCGACACGAUGCGCACGUGCGGGUUCACCAAGUCCGAAGACGCCGGCGGCCUGUGCUGCGCCGGCGCGAUCGACAACGUGGGCCUGUGCUGCCCCACGGAGAACGGCGUCGCGAAGCUCGACCGCGACGGCGGCUGCUGCUACGCCGGCGACGUCGACGCGUGCGGCGUCUGCGGCGGCGGCGCGAAAGUCGUCGACGUCCGCGGCGCCUGCUGCGACGGCGCGCUCGACCCGGGGGGGCUGUGUUGCCCGUCCGGGCGCUUCGACGCGUGCGGCGCGUGCGACGGCGACGGAACGUCGUGCCCGGUGUGGCUCGAGCUGCGGCUGUGGAGCCUCCCGUCGGCGUUGGUCGCCGGCGGGAGCGACGCCGCCGCGUUAAACGCGCACCUCACGACGUGGGCCGCGCUCGCGCUGGGCGUGGACGAGUCUUCGGUCGCGGGGUCGUCCGCGGGGGGUCAGCUCGCGUCGAAGGUGUACGCGCCGCCGCCGCCGCCGCCGUCGAGAAGGCGGUUGCUGCAGACGAGCGACUACCCGGUGUCGAUCGUCGUCCCCGCGCGUCCGCCGUUUGCCGCCGGCGUCGACCCGGCGGCGACGGUGAUGGCCGCGGUCGAGCGCGUCGGCGUGUACGGCGGCCGCGUCGCGGCGACGCAGGUCACGACGAACGCGUCGAUAUCAGACGACCUGUGGAACACGCGCGCGUCGCGGGUGUUGGGGAUCGCCCGCGCUGGGGCGUGCGGGAACGGCGUGUGCGAAACCGGGGAGGCGUGCGUCGGCGACGCCGAGGCGUCGGCGGCGCCGAACGCGCUGACCGACGCCGCGGUCGCGUCGUACGACCGCACGGAAGCGUACGGGAGCUGGACCGCGUCGCUGAACGACGCGAAGGCUGCGGUGGAGGGCGGGUACGGUCUCCUGGGGCCGACGACCGCGACCGCGGCGGCGACGUGCUGCCCCGCGGACUGCCCCGUCGUCGUCAAGACGUGCCCGAGCCCGGAGAACACGACGACGCCGUGCGGCGGCCGCGGGCGGUGUCUCAUCGCGACGGGGCAGUGCGAUUGCUUUCCGGGGAGAGGGUGGACCGGGGUCGCGUGCGGGGAGUGCGCGGAGGGGCACUACUACCUGAGAGGGGAGUGCAUGCGGAGGAUAUACGCGUCGCAUCCGCCGCCGCCGGCGUCGCCGGCGGUUUUUCUCGCGCCGCCGCCGCCGCCCGCUCCGAAGGAAAAAGUGACGUGGGAGGUUUUGAUCGCCGCCAUCAUCGGCGCCAUGAUCGCGGCGGCGUUACUGUACUGCUGCGGCGCCGCGUGCGGGCUCUUCACGUCGUGCGUGUCUAAGAAGAAUAAGACCGGGGAGAAGUACAACUACGAGGAGGACGACGACGACGUCGACGCCGGGACGCUCGGGAAGAAGGGCAAGGGCGGCGCCCGGGGCGAACGCGAAAAUAAAAACGCCUCCGCCCGCGACGCCGGGAAGUCGCCCGGCCCCGGGGCGAUCAAGAGCGCGUGGGGUCUCGCGAUCGACGGCGCGUCGAAGCAGAAGCGCGCGUCGCAUCAAACGCAAACGCAAACGCGGUCGCCGGGCUCGCCGAGCGCGAAGCCGCGCGCGUCGUUCCACGCCGCCGCGAACGCGUUCGCCGGUCCCGGGAGGUUCAGCUCGCUGGACGACGCCGCCGUCGCGGACGGCGACGACGACGCCGCCGUCGCGCACGGCGGCGGCUACGGCGGCGGCGGCGGCGGCGGUGCGAACCGCGCGCGCGGGCGCUGGCACGCCGUUCGCGACACGGUCCGCGCGAGCGACGCGCUUCGCGCGCUCGCCGCGGGCCCGGGGGAGCCGCGGAAGCUCCCCGGGACGGUGCGCCCGGACGCGUUGAAAGCGGACGCCGCGGCGGCGUUGACCGCGUUCGGCGCGCCGGCGUCGUCUCUUUCAAACGACGACGACGCCGCGAUCGACAGCGCGGCGAACAUGGGGCUCGUCGACGCGCGCGCGCGAUCGAGCGCGGCCGGCGCGGACCCGGUGACCGGGAUCGCGACGAACGCGUUCACCCGCGGCCUCGCCCCCGGCGCGGUGGCGGCGUCCGCGAAGACGAGGGCGGAGGCGGUGCCCGUCGCAGUGUCAAUGCGCGUGCCGCAGAGACUCGCCGGUCUCGGCAUCGAGGACGUCGGGAGCGAUCUCCCCGACGUCUCCGGAGCUGGUCCGUCGAGGAUCGCGGUGAACCCCGGGAGGUGGCCGCAGGGCGCGACGAUGGAGCAGACGCGCGCGAGAAGGGAGGCGGCGGCGGCGAAGAAGGAAGCGAAGCGGCGGCGCGAGGAGGCGCGACGCGCGGCGGCGGCUUUCGAGCACGACGAGGAGAACCCGCCGUUGCCCGGGGGUUUGUUCUCCUCUGUGGAAUAG